AUGUACUGUGCAUGUACUGUACACAUGUACAAUAGCCCAUAUUCGGAUGAUGACCAUCGUCCAACCCUAUUGCACCUCAACGGCCGGCCUCUCUUGCAGGCCUGCCGCUGCGCCUGCCCUUGGAUCGAAAACAGCAGCGACAAUACAAUACAAUACAAUACGACGCAGUUCGGCGCCUUCCUCCUUCUCUGGCAGACUGGCCCCACGGCAAAACCUGGUCUUUCCCCUCGACUGCCAAACAUGCGAAUGCAGCCAAGGCCUAGGAUACAGUACCCGUCGACUCCUGUCGCUGUCAGUCCAACAAGUGUAGCUCGUCCCACGCUUUCCUGCUUUCCUUCGGCCCUUUUGCUGCCCGCUCGUGUUUCUAUUCCUAGCCUGUCCAAGGCCUACGCAAACAGCGCCGCCCUAGUGGCUGGUCCCACUGCACGUGAUCACCCACCUCGCCCCUACUUUGUUAUCGGCUCCUGUGUCAAUGGCAUUGUCUUUCCCCCAUGCCCCACAUUGGCCUCGGCUCGCUCUUGCCCUUGUUUCGAUCUCGCCGCAGUGGUGAAACACGACACCACCGAUCUCACGGUCCAACUGCAGCCGUUGAGACACGCAGUGCCCGCGCAACACGAUAGAUCUGCCCUGCCUGUGUUUACACGCUUCCAAUCAAGCAGGCCUAGUUUCUCAUACCUUGCGAUAAAGAGGAGCCCUGCCCUGUUCGUCGUACCCUCGAAACCCCACAUUACUCUUUUGGUCUUCUUGUUCAUCCAAAGCUUGGUGAUGGGCAAGGUAGGGUGCCGGUAG